UCCCCUUUUCUUUAUGCCAUCUACUUUAGAUUGUGUAAAUCUUAAACCCUUCUGCUCUCUCAGUUUUCUUUUUCUUUCUUUCUUUCUUUCUUUUCUUUUUAAUUUUUUUUUCAUCAUCAUAAAUACUUGGCGUAAUAGCUAAACAAAGUUGGGUUACUAUGAUCGAUUCGAAUUUGAUAAUUAGUUUUAUUAGCUUUUUGAAAUCUUGUUAUUGGAAACCCUAACUUUUUUUCAAACUAUUAUGUCUUAUAGUAUGAUCUCUUAUUAUUGUUAUUGUUAUGGGAUAACUUGUUUGUUGGAUUUUAUCUUUCUUUUGCGUUUUUCAACUAUACUAGUGUUUUGAUCAGGUUGUAGUGGUAGUAUUUGAAAUUAAGCUGAGAAUUGGAGUUUAAAUUGAAAAUAAUGGGAAGUUGUUGUGUAUUAAACUUAGUUUUCAAAUUAGAGAGUUCUGAUGUAAUGCAGAGAACUUGGUAUUUAUUUACCUCUCCUGUGAUAGGAGAUUAUCCAAUGGGUUUGAUCUACGUAAUGGUUGUUUCUUGAUUCAGCUUCAUAUGAAAGUGAAAUAUUUUUCUCUUCAAUAUAUGAUGAAUCCACAUUCUUAUAUGUUCGAUAUGAUUGGAACUUAUUUUAUGGCCCAUAGAUUUUAUCAGCUUUCUAGUUUUCCCCCCCUCUUUCUAGAUACACAGGUUUAUGCUUGCAUAAAUUGCUAAGAAAGAUAAAAUCUUUAAAGAGUUUAUUCUUUCUAAUGCCUUGUUGAAAGGGAACAAAGCAAAAGAAUAUGUGCAUCACAUCUUAGCUUAAAGGCAUCGCAAACUGUAGAUAAAGUUAAGACUCAAUAUGGAGCUGAGUACUAUUAAAGAUGCUUUUGACCGUGUUACUAAGAAGCAGAAGUUAUCUAGUUCCAAGUCUCAAGAAGUGAUUGAUCAGAUCAGACAGGAAAUUGAGAGUGCUUUGGGCAAGAUGCAGUCAGUCAAUAACACUGACCAUGAACUUGGUUAUAAAACUGUCUUGAAUGAGCUUAAGGCCAGUUUACUUAAAAUUGCGCCACUUAGCCAAAUGGAAAGCUCACAGAAGGAGCUAAAUCUAGCACUCAGCAAGUAUGGGAAGCUUCUUGAGAAAUAUUUCAACCCCGAUAUAUCCAAGGCUUACAGAAAUAUUGACACUGAUAUACACACUUUAAACCAAAUAAUCGCCAACCAUUUUUAUCGCCAGGGCCUUUUUGAUAUAGGGGACCAUUUUCUAAGUGUGGUUGGAGAACCUGAAUCUGCUGUCAUUAUGAAAUCUCCAUUCCUGGAAAUGUAUCAAAUACUCCAAGCCAUGCAGAAUCAGAACCUGGAGCCAGCCCUCAACUGGGCUGCCACUAAUUCUGACAAACUUGCCCAAAGUGGAUCUGACAUUGUGUUGAAACUUCACUCCAUGCAAUUUGUGAAAAUACUUCAAAAGGGAAGUAAAGAUGAAGCUCUUCAUUAUGUGCGAACUUACCUUUCUCCUUUUGCUUCCACUCACUUGGCUGAUAUCCAGAAGCUUAUGGCCUGUCUUCUGUGGAUUGGAAAGCUUGAUCAGUCUCCAUACCAUGCAUUAUUGUCUCCAUCUAACUGGGAUAGGUUGUCUGAGGAACUUAAAAGGCAGUUUUGCAAUCUUUUGGGACAGUCAUAUAACAGUCCAUUGAGUGUGACUGUAGCAGCAGGGGUCCAGGUUUUGCCACCUCUCCUUAAAUUUAUGAAUGUCAUGACAGGGAAAAAGCAGGAAUGGCAGUCUAUGAACCAGUUGCCAGUGCCAGUUGAGUUGGACCACGAAUUCCAGUACCAUUCUAUUUUUGUUUGUCCUGUCUCAAAGGAACAAGCAACUGAGGAUAACCCUCCGAUGUUGAUGUCCUGUGGCCAUGUCCUCUGUAAGCAGUCUAUCUUGAAGAUGUCCAAGAAUAGCACAAAACUGUUUAAGUGUCCAUAUUGUCCCUUUGAUAUUGAUGCAGCACUGUGCAGACAGCUAUAUUUCUGAUCAUGGAUUUGUGUGAAACUCUCUUGUAUCAAAUGAAUCAUGUGUUAGCAUAGGUGUAACCUUGUAUGGUGAUUGCAAAACCCCAUGCCCUGUUGUGAUGUCGGUAUGCCUUAUAAUUUUGUUGUAAAUAGAAAUUCUUUUUAAUUUGGACAUGAUC